AUGCCAAUUUUGGAUUGGAAGCUGCAAACUUCGAGCGGUGGUUUAUUCUGCUCAACUCAAUACCGCUCAUUGACGAUUGUACAGCAUCUAUGUCCUGACAACUGUUACUGGCGCAACGGUCACUACGCCGUCUUCCCGACGUUUCCACCUACAGCUGCAAGUUCACUUAACCCCACUGCCUCAUCUACUCCAUCCCUCCUGACUUCCUCGCCCUCCCUCUCCGAACCCCCUCGCUUCCUUUGUAUCAAGCCACACCCAGUGCAGAAACCUCCCCGUCGUCAGGGGGCACCGUCAUCGUGUCCUUCGUUCUCCGUGCGCUCCUCACAGCCGGGGUCAUUAUCUCCCUCUGAGAAUUGCAUGUGCCCUGAUUCGGCAUUGGCAUACUCUCAGGCUUCCAUCCGGCUGCUCUGUGUAAUAUCAAGCUUGAUACUCGACACGCUUCGGACAGGACUACUUCGAGACCUUUCGUUCUUCCUGGUGGCAAGCCUGCAUACCUGUAAACCUAUCGUCCACUCGAGUAUUUGA